AUGUCUUACACAUCAGGAACCAGUGGUGACCCCACUCAGCUGGCCCAGCGGAUCUCUUCCAACAUCCAGAAGAUCACACAAUGUUCUGUGGAAAUACAGAGGACACUGAAUCAACUUGGAACACCUCAAGAUACACCUGAAUUGAGGCAACAGCUGCAACAGAAGCAGCAGUAUACUAACCAACUUGCUAAAGAAACAGAUAAGUACAUUAAAGAGUUUGGAUCUCUGCCCACCACCCCCAGUGAGCAGCGUCAAAGGAAAAUACAGAAGGACCGCUUAGUGGCUGAGUUCACAACAUCACUGACCAACUUUCAGAAGGUCCAGAGGCAAGCUGCUGAGAAAGAGAAAGACUUUGUGGCCCGAGUGAGAGCCAGUUCCAGAGUAUCUGGUGGUUUUCCUGAGGAGAGCGCAAAAGACAGGAAUCUUGUAUCGUGGGAAAGCCAAACUCAAUCUCAAGUGCAAGUACAAGAUGACGAAAUUACAGAGGAUGACCUCCGCCUUAUCCAUGAGAGAGAGUCUUCUAUUAGGCAACUUGAAGCUGAUAUUAUGGAUAUUAAUGAAAUAUUUAAAGAUUUGGGAAUGAUGAUUCAUGAGCAAGGAGAUGUGAUCGAUAGCAUAGAAGCCAACGUCGAAAAUGCAGAGGUGCACGUUCAGCAAGCAAACCAGCAGCUGUCGAGGGCAUCAGAUUAUCAGCGCAAAUCCAGAAAAACCAUCUGCAUCAUCAUUUCUCUCCUUGUCAUCGGAAUUGUAAUUAUUGGUGUCAUAUGGGGAGUGAAAAGAUAA